AACUGUGAGCAGAGGGACUGCCAAUGCAUUCUGUGGGGAGGAUAUCUUAGUGCCUCCCCUCUCCCUCUGAAACAAACUAAAGCACAACAUGGAUCCAAUGGAGCAGCUCUCUGCAGACAGAAGGAAGAGCUUCCCCACAGCUGACCAGAAGAAGAGCAGUGGCUGGAGAACAGUUGUGGGGUUUUUAUGCCUGUUCCCUGUGGGGGCUUUGCUGACCAUUGCAGGGGAUCCAGCUGGAGCUGCAGUGAAGAGAAGUCAGGAAGAUGGAGCCAGUGCCUCUGCUUUGCACCAUCCAGCUUUCCCACCUCAGCCUCCAGCCCGGAGGAAACGAUACACCAUCACCCCAGGGCACCUGAGAUGGGACCACUUCAACUUGACAUACAAAAUCCUCUCCUUCCCAAGAAACCUCAUCAGUGCCAGGGACACCCGCAGGGGCCUGGCAGCUGCCUUCAGAAUGUGGAGUGAAGUGUCACCCUUCAGCUUCAGAGAAGUGCCACGCCACCUGGAGAGUGACUUGAAAAUAGGCUUCUACUCCAUCAAUCACACAGACUGCCUGGAGUCUCUCAUCCAUCACUGCUUUGAUGGCACAACAGGGGAGCUUGCCCACGCCUUCUUCCCACCCAAUGGGGAAAUCCAUUUUGAUGACCACGAGUACUGGAUCUUGGGCAACACCCGGUUCAGCUGGAAAAAAGGUGUGUGGCUCACAGACCUGGUACACGUGGCUGCUCACGAAAUUGGGCACGCGCUGGGACUGAUGCACUCCCUGAACCCCAGUGCCCUCAUGCACAUCAAUGCCACCCUGACUGGGAAGAAAACCAUCUCCCAGGAUGAGGUCUGGGGGAUCCACAGGCUCUAUGGCUGUAAAGACAGACUGUUGAUGUGCCCCUCCUGGGCACAGAAGGGUUUCUGUGAGAAGCGCAGGAAGCUGAUGCAGAAGCACUGUCCCUCCACCUGUGACUUCUGCUAUGAAUUCCCAUUUCCAACUGUGCCCCCUACUCUGCCCCCACCAAGGACAAAGACCAAGACAGUUUCUGAAGGCAGGAACGUCACCUUCCGCUGUGGGCAGAAGAUAAUUCAUAAAAAAGGCAAAGUCUACUGGUAUAAAGAUAAGGAGCUUCUGGAAUACUCAUAUCCUGGUUACUUAUCCUUAAAUGAAGAUCACAUGAGCAUCAUUGCAAAUGCAAUUAAUGAAGGAACUUACACUUGUAUAGUGAAGAAAAAAGAGAGAAUCUUGACUACUUAUUCCUGGAGAAUCAGACUGAAGCACUAAUGAGGGCCCUGGCAUCAACACUUUGAUCCCUGCUGGUUCUGUUUCAGGUUCAAAAUGAUUCUUUGGCAUUUUAUCUUUAACCUCCAGUAGUGCAACUGAACUGCUGCAUCAGCUGCUUCCAUGCCUUGGGCUAAAGAGACUCAGACUUGGUUACUGGAAAGCAAAACUUCCCAAUUAGUUUUAGUGAUAAAGAAUUCAUCACGUAUGUGUUGUACAGAGAAUUAAAAAUGUUGGGUUUUUUUAAGAAAAGAAAUGAGAUUUUGCAGCUGAAUGGUGUGGAUCACCACUGCUGAACAAGAACCUAACUCUUCAUCCAGCAAGGGGAUAACAGCUUGCUGGCUGAGCUCUUGCAGGGGAGGCAGAGGUAUGGUGGGAGGAAGUGCCCAGCUUGACGCUGGGUUCUACUCUCACUAUUUAAGGUCGUGGUGCACAGCACUGGAAGUAUCAAGACCUCAUCUGUAAGGUCACAACAAACCUGUUCUAAUUAUUCCAUUCCACAUCUCCCCCUGUUCAAGUACCCACAGAGCAGCUUUUUCCCCCCCAGCUGCUUUCCUGUGGUUUUUGUUCCCAAGAGCCUCUUUACCUCCAU